UUUUUUUUAAAUGAACGAAACAACUUCCGGCUUCUAAACCGCUCGGGCAGCGGAAAUCAUUAAACUCAACGGAAGGAACUAAUCCGUGAAGUAUUCAACUCAAUUCUAUUUCUUUUAACGACUUUCAACGUGAUUUACAUAAAAGUUGUUUGGGGGGAAACGGCGUGAAAUUCAUUUGGAAUAUCCUGAUUAUGGUGUAAACGGGACAGUUCGGUGACUCUGACAGCGGCAGGUGUGUGAGCGUGUGUAUGUUGGUGUGCUGGUAUGCUGACGUUAGCCAGUAAGCUGAAGAGGGAGGAAGGCAUGAGGGCCGGUCGAACCUCUGCAGGCUCUAAUGAUGCCUCUCAUAGAGUGUCCAUCAGAGAUCGACUGCUCAUCAAAGAGGUUGCAGAACUUGAGACCAACCUUCCAAAUACCUGUAAAGUUACAUUUCCUGAUGAAAACAAACUCCAUCACUUCCAGUUGGCCAUUUCUCCAGAUGAAGGCUAUUACCUUGGUGGAAAGUUUCAGUUUGAGAUUGAAGUUCUUGAAGCCUAUAAUAUGGUGCCUCCGAAAGUCAAGUGCAUGACUAGAAUAUGGCACCCAAACAUUGCAGAAACCGGAGAGAUCUGCCUGAGUUUAUUGCGAGAGCAUUCAAUUGAUGGUACUGGAUGGGCACCCACCCGUACACUAAAGGAUGUAGUGUGGGGACUGAAUUCACUCUUUACUGAUCUUCUUAACUUUGAUGACCCACUGAAUAUAGAUGCAGCAGAGCAUCAUUUACGGGACAAGGAGGAUUUCAGGAACAAAGUUCAGGACUUCAUCAAAAACUAUGCAAGAUGAUGUCUCUGUUUGCCACGUGAGCCACUCUCACAUGCAUGUGACUUUGCAGAUGUACGUCGAUUCAGACUGGCAACAGAGACAAAAUCGCAAGCUAUUAAAACAUACUUGGGGAAAGAAGAAAGUUAAAAUGUGUAAUGAAUGAGUUCCCUGAGCAAGAUUUGGGAGGGGGGAUAUGGGCCUUACUGUCCAUUUCUAUGGGAUUUUUAUUUCGAAGCGGACACUCUCGCUGGUUCUUCUCAAUCAAGAUUGCUUUUACUCCUCCCACACAAAAAAGAAAGUACAAAGAUGGUGAUCAUGAAAAUGAGGACGUGUAACCUCUCUGAUGUCACCUCCUAUGCUAGUGCCUCUGUGUUUUUGCCACAUAUAACUGAACAUGCGUUGUAAGCCAACUUCUGCAGCCUGCUUCUUGAAUUUGUUCAUAAGUGAUGUCAUAGAAAUCCCAAAGUUCCAUUGGUUCGUUGGCUCUGGGGGGAGGAGUCCACCGUUGAGGAAAUGCGCGAAAGCAUAAAGCACUGAUGUCCCGCUGAAUACGCCGGUGGAUUCGUGUAAAAUCACUGCGGUUUUCAGACUACUCCGUAUCACCCAUGCAAAUGACGAGUUAUUAAACCGUUUCAGUUCAAAUCUGUGAGAUGUGUCCAAUGUCCAGCUCACAUUUUACACUUGAAAUCAAAGGAGAAAUCUAUUUAAGAUGUGCUGAUAAAGCUUUUUUUUUUUUUUUUUUUUUUUUGAUGAUGAUGAUGAAUUAUGUAUGGUUUCCUCGAAAUUGCUCGAAAUGAGGAAAUUGUGCAUAAUGAUCAUUAAAUGGAAAAUAUAACUUGUUAUUGCUUGUGAUUUUGGAGUGAAAUAUGACCCGGAAUGUGCAGGUGAGAUUCAGCCUUUGCUCUCGUAUGCAUUUUUUUGUCAGUGUAUACACGUUCAGCUUUACCGAUGUGUGCAUGUACACAAGAAUACCUGUAUGCUAGUACUGUGUUUGUGUGAGAGUGUGUGUUUGAGCGAGAGAGAGACUGGGAUUUUAACACAUGUCUGAUUUGGUAGCAUGCACUGGGCUACUGAACUGCUCAGCCAUAAAGCCUGUUCAAUUAGUGAGGAUUUACUUUAUUUAAUUUGAUUUUUUUUCUCUUCAGGGGGUGUAUAUCCAUUUGUAAAGUAUAUUAAAGAGAAAUUCUACCACUAA